CUUGCCAGUUGUGACUAUUUAACCCAGUUUACCUCUCCUUUCUUUCCGCUCCUGCGCCGCGCAUCGCCUCGUCCCGCGUCUUCCGCCUCUUCCUCUGCUCCUGCUGCAGCUCUCGGACUCCCCCCUUCUCUCUCUCUCUCUCUCUCUCUCUCUCUCUCUCUCUCUCUCUCUCUCUCUCCCUCUGCCUCCUGUUUUUCUUUAAAAGGUUUUGUUGUUCUGCUCAGAAGAAUGCGAACAGUUUCCCCGUGUCGUCCGUGUGGCCACAUGACGAGCUGCCCUCGACGGUUUCCUCCGGUCCGGCUGCAGGUCUGAACCUGUCCAUGGUGCUGAAACGCGCUUUACGCCGAAGACAUCACCGCCGCUGCUGCUGCCGCUGCUGCUGCUGCCACAUCUCCAGAAAACAGUCAAUUGUUUCUGCGUCUUUUUGGGUUCUGUAGGUGAGAUCAUUUCAGCAAUAACUCUUUUCGUGUUCCCGUCGAGGCACUGUGAAGUCAGAAGCUGAAGGAGUGAGGGACUGGAGUGUGACUCUCCCAGCGGCGGCAUCGAUUUCAGGAGGACUCAUCUCUCCAGACUUGACGAAGAAAAAAAAAAAAAAAAAGACCAGAACAUCGGAUGAAUGGACGUUUUGCUGUAACGCAACUUAGCCUGGAGAUAUUUUCUCUUUAAAGAACCAGUUGGGGAGCUGGAAAUAGCGGAUGAAUAAGCUUCAUUUGUAGCGUAUCCAAAAAAACACCUUCCCUGGCGCGGGGAGGGGGGCUCUUUCUCUUCUGCUGGACCAACUGAGACUUUCGCAUCCCCCCCCUACCCCUCUUCCCUCCCUCAAAUAAAACUUGUCCUGAAUACCAAAUGGUAGUUUGAGGAGGCCUCGAUCAAGACAAUGGAGGCGUCCGCCAACGGGUCCAGUUUCGGCAUCGACUCGCUGCUGUCCCACAGGCCUGGAAGUCCGGUGUCCAAAGGGGACAGCCUGGUGGGGGAGUGCCGCUCUCCCCUGGAGUUCAGCCCGAGAUCAGACGUGGAGAGCGGCUGCUCGUCGCCCCCGUCGCCGAGGAGGGAGUGCGUGGAGGAGGUGGCCCAGAGGCAAGGUCACGGCGUCGGCCUGCCGCCGCACCUCCAGCACGCACAGAUAUCUGCGGGGUCGCAGCAGAGGACCGUGACCUCGUCCUUCCUCAUCAGAGACAUUCUCGCGGACUGUAAGCCUCUGGCAGCGUGCGCGCCCUACUCCAGCAAUGGACAGCCGACCCAGGAGGCGGGCAGGCUCGUCUCCAAGAUAGCGGACGACUUUAUGGAGAAAAUCCACAGCAACUCGUCGUCAGACAGUGAAUAUAAAGUGAAAGAGGAGGGGGACAGGGAGAUCUCCAGCAGCAGAGACAGCCCUCAGGUCCGGCUGAAGAAGCCCAGGAAGGCCCGGACGGCCUUCACGGACCACCAGCUGGCCCAGCUGGAGCGCAGCUUCGAGCGGCAGAAGUACCUGAGCGUCCAGGACCGCAUGGAGCUGGCGGCCUCCCUCAACCUCACCGACACGCAGGUCAAGACCUGGUACCAGAACCGGAGGACAAAGUGGAAGAGGCAGACGGCGGUGGGACUGGAGCUGCUGGCGGAGGCUGGAAACUACUCCGCCCUGCAGAGGAUGUUCCCGUCCCCGUACUUCUACCCGCAGAGCCUGGUGUCCAACCUGGACCCCGGGGCGGCCCUCUAUCUGUACAGGGGCCCCUCUGCGCCCCCGCCGGCUCUGCAGAGACCGCUGGUCCCGCGGAUCCUGCUGCACGGCCUGCAGGGAGGCAGCGAGCCGCCCCCUCCGCCGCCUCCUCUGCCCCCCAUGUCCGGCGUCCUCUCCCGGCCGGCUCAGCAGCGGUGAGCCGGUCCCUGCAGAGACGGUUUUUUUUUAUUUUGUACGCUGACCCUGGCAGCUCUGGACUCAUUAGAGGAAACGAAACAAAGACAGAAAACAGAUGACGACGUGACGACCUGCUCAAGGCCUUUACGCUGCGAAAUGACUCAUUUAGGCUGAACUGAGUGGACGGAGCGUCGUGACUGAAACUCACACUGUCUGAAGGAUGUUCCCUUUUUUGUUUUUGUUUUUUUGGGACAUGAGCUUUAUUUAUAAUUUAUUUAUUUUUCGAUAGGAGUCAAAGAAUCUAAGUUAUGUAUUUAUUUGAUCAACAAAAUGUUUCAGUAUUUUGUUUUCAGUGUUUUUCCCAACGAAGGACAAUUGUUGGUGGCACUUUGACCUACAGUUCAAUGUCAAUGACACCCCCUAUUAUUAUUAUUAUUAUUAUUAUUAUUAUUAUUAUUAUUAUUAUUAUUAUUAUUAUUAUGUGCACGUUCGUGGCUGGUGGCAAAAGAACGAACCGAGUAUAAUAUAGUUAAAGGAUCCAAAGGAACAUUUGUUUUCUAAAUCUGUAUUUGAUUUUUUUUCCCCACGUGAACGAGCAGAUGAUCAGCAGUCAUAGACCUGUAAAUAAGAAUAUUUUGCAUUUUAUUCGAAAGAGACCGAUUUUAAAAGAAACUUUUUUUUGUUCAGUUGUUGCUUUGUUCUAUCUAUGAUGAGUGUGUCUUUUUCAGACCACGGUGAUCCAGUUUAACAUAAUAGGCUAGAUUAGCCAUCAGAAACUAUAACAGGCGAAUAGAAAACGGACGAAGAAAAAAAAUAAAAUAAAGGACAUUGUUGGUCUGAGAGAUGGACGGACUUCCUGCCUGGACCCACAUGCAAGGCACACAGUCGAGAGCUACGGACAGAAAUAAAUCUAUAUAAAGUCUUUUUUUCUUGUUCUUAGUUGAAGUUUUAGCGGAGUAAAAAAAAUGUCAAGUAAUUUAUUUAAAAAAAAAAAAGAAGCAUUUUUAUCCCCACAGAGGGGGAAAUGGGGGGACGCACUCACCUCGAAUGUUUUUUUAUUUUUAUUUUUCCGACAGACAAACGAUCGGACUCGGGUCCACGUCCAGGCGUGACAGCCUGUUGAUUUGCUCUUAGAUGUAUUUGAACAGACGUUGUGCAUUACUUAUGUUAUUUCAUAUGACGCCGUGAUAAACCCUUAAUUGUUAUACUCUCCUUUUUGGUGAAAAUUGUAUAUUGCAGAUAUCAAACUUGUGGAGUGGUUCUCGUAUAUUUCCUGGAUCGUUUUUUUUUUUUUUAUUUUGUUUCUAAAUUUAUUUAUUUUUGAAAUUUGGAAUCUCCUUUUUUUCUUUUUUUAAUUUUUUGUCCCUCUAGCUUCCCCCCAAAACUCUUCUCUCCCCAU